AUGUUUGGAAAGAAGGAAGGAAGAGAGGAAAAAGUGUAUUCAGUGAAAGGGAAGAGACGGCUGAGACUGAGACUGCUGAAAGAGAGAUGGAGCAGGGAAAACAAAAGAGGUUGUGAAAGUCCAUUUAUUUCUAAGCACGAAGUGAACUCUACAGACACAAGCACAGGCACAGUUUUUUCACUAAAGUGCUACCCAAGCUACUCAUAUGUGGGUUCUGACUGGAAGGAAUAUUUACCUUCAAAAAUGUGGAGUGAAGACGAAUUGCAUUGCUUUCCAUCACUAUCAGUCCGUAAAGGACGAUUUCUUUAUAAGAGUAAUGGUUCCGGAAUUAUAGUGAAUUUUGUCUGUGACACAGGCUACAAUGCUCAGGGUUCUUUGCAAUCCGUGUGUUUCAUGAAUGGACGGCGGCUCUACCUUCAACAUCCAAAGAAUUGCUUGCCUAUUCGUUGCUCUCGGCCAACUCUGCCUAAUGGAAGAACCGCGAUGACUAAUGUCAUUAUUGGGAGUAUCGUCAGGUAUUCUUGCAAUAAUGGUUACAGAAUGGUUGGAGAAAGAAAUUCUACAUGCAUUACAAAUGGAACUUGGAGUUCAGCUGUUCCUACUUGCAUCAAAAAAGUUUCUUCUAAAACUUUCAAGGAUCCGAUUCGGUUGCUUUCAUCAUUUCAAGACAAUUUCUUUGGGCGUUUGAUCACAUUUACAGCUGCUGCUCAAAAUGUUGUCCAACAACGCCAAACCAAAGUAGUCCCGAACCGCAAUAAUGGAGAAAAUGUUGCAUUAGAUGUUAUCUUUGUGAUGGACACGUCAGCAAGCAUUACUCGGCAACGAUUUGAUAAUCAUUUGAAACCGUUUCCAAAUAUGGUUGCUCAAUACUUUCUUGUAUCCCCAUUGCAUACAAAAGUAGGCGCUAUUGCAUUUGGCUACAGGAUCUAUGUCAUUUCACAUCUGACUGGCAAUCUUGACAAUUUCAAUCGCGAAAUUAGCAGAUUUGUUUAUAGAAAAGGCGGCGGUACUAAUACUGGUCAAGCAUUGUUGCGGGCAAUAGAAAUGUUCAACACAUCCGGAAGACCUUCGGCAAACUCAAAGCGAGUUGUGAUCUUGCUGACCGACGGCCAUAGAAACAUGGGUCCAAACAUCACGGCCACAGCCGAGAAACUGAAACUAAAUGCAAUAGAAGUAUUCGCUUUUGGAUUAGGAUCUGCUGUUAACGAAGCUGAGUUACACACACUGGCCUCUCCACCAAGUGACAGACACGUCUUUUUGAUCAAAUCCUUUCGUUUGUUUCGAAACUUUACUUUAAGCAUCGUUCCAAGUAAGGAUACUAACAAAUUGGCAGUGGCGGAUCCCAGUGGGAGAGCGAAGAGCACUAAUUCAAUUGUCUAA